AUGCUACGCAAGCAUCAUAACCGCCUCAACACCACGCAUCCCAUGGAUCCCAACCAUCCCAACCCUCACUUCCACGCCCUGGACAUCAUCCUCGGCUACCUCAACCACGGCAACUCCGCCCCCGAGAUCCAACACCUCUCCUCCGUCGCAGAAUCCUGGUGCCAGCAACACCGCCAUUCCCUGCUCGACUACACCCCGGCCACUCUCGACGAGGUCCUCUGGACUCACCCCUUUCUCUUCGACCUCACCAUCCGGUCCUUUGCCCGCCUCCACUCCUUCAACGACUGCAAAUGCAGAAGCAACUCUGCCCAACCCAACCGGUUCAGCCGCAUCAACGCUUCCCCACCCUCCCUAGCACACAUCAGACCCCUCGUCACCGCCCAGCAAUUCUUCUCCGCCAUCAUCGAUGCGUAUACGCUGCACACGGGACGAAACGGUAGGUGCUUGCACGACCGCAUCGUUGCCCAGGACCUCAAGGCCUCGCCCAUCGUCCACUACAUCCCCGAAGUGAUCCAUCGCAUCGCCGCGCUGAAUGUGCGUGAGAUGCUCACCAGUGAGUUUUCGACGUUUAGCCCCAAGAACAGCCUGGGCUUCUCGUGGCAUCUUGCAAAGGUGGUGGAUAUUGUCAUGAUGGAUGCUCCCCCUGUCAAUGCCUUCGAAGAUGACGCUCUUACAGAGCCGAUGGACGUUGAUGAUUUCGACCGAGAGGCACUUGCGCUGCAAACUGUCGUUGCUAAUGUCAAUGCUCGUGCUAAUACACGUCGACCAAAGCGGAAAUUGGCGCCCAAGGGUAACAAGAAUUCUCGACCUGAUAAGUCUCGACCCAAUCACCCUCGACCUAAUCACCCUCGAUCUAAUCAGUCUCGAUCUAAUCAGUCUCAAUCUAAUCAGUCUCAAUUUAGUCACCCUCAAUCCAGUCACUCUCACCACAGGCAAUCUUCGGGUGUCAGGAAGAAGAGAAAGAAGAAUCAUUGA